GCUCAAUCGUGUCGCGUCUCUUCGAUGGGACAACCCGAUUUCUCGCUAGUCAUCCACCUCAGAAGUUCAGCAAAGGCGCAAACUUUUUAUACACAACCUUAUAAGCCAUCUUUUUAACCACUAAUUCUUCAAUUCUUCGCGUUCCUUACCUACUAGGUACUUAAAAACCAACAAUUAUCCACUUACCACUUUAUAAUCGACAAUGCUCGGCACUUUAGUCGGCCUCGCCAUGCUUGUGGCUGCUUCCGUCGUCUUCCUCUACUAUUCAAUCUGGACAUUGGCUAUGCCAUUCGUCGACUCCGAUCAUCCUCUACAUGCCUUUUUUCCCCCUCGUGUCUGGGCCAUCCGUCUCCCCGUGAUCCUAAUUCUCCUUGGGUCUGCCGUUGUUGGUUCCUUCCUCAGUGUCGUCAUGAUCCGCAGCAACAGAAAGAAGGCCGCGAAGGCCAAGGCUGCUGCCUCCAAGAAGAAGGCUUAGAUUUCUAUGUUUUCAAGGUCGGAAAGUUGUCUAGCCUGGAGCGUGGGCGAUUGUGAACAGGAGUUGGGCAUGGGCAUAAGGACUUGGAUUGCUUACAAAAUUCCAACGACCACAAGCUGUGGACGUUAUUACAGGCGCUACGCUGAAUCGAACGGCUCCGUGUACCUAUGUUGCUACGCUGAGAUAAAAGAAAGAAUUGCUAAUACCAAAUAUAACCAUAUAAAUAGCU